UGCUAGCUAUCAGCAGGGGGAGCUCAAACUCUCGGCGGUGUGGCAGAAGAUUGGAGGAAACGAAAGGCCCGUUAGAGGCCCGCUUCACGUGACCCAGCAAGGCCUCUGAAGGCCCACAUAAGCCGGAAGUAGGUUUUCUUGCCUGGGAUGAGGUAGCAACCCACAGGAAGUCAACCUUGGUUUUUGAAACUUCGGCCCGAACUGAGACGGGAAGGCUGUUGGGUAGGUUCCGUGGACUCGCUAGCGGUUGGCAUGAUGAGCGAUGGGUCAGGAGAGCCGACUACGGAGGUCCCGCCCGUUACCGGAAGAGGGAUUCAUAUCGUCGUGGAAUACUGCAAGCCCUGUGGCUUUGAAUCUGCCUACCUGGAACUGGCAAGUGCUGUAAAAGAAGAGUACCCCGAUGUGGAGAUCGAAUCCCGUCUUGGGGGCACAGGUGCCUUUGAAAUAGAAAUAAAUGGACAAUUGAUCUUCUCCAAACUUGAGAAUGGAGGAUUCCCUUAUGAGAAAGACCUCAUUGAAGCCAUUCGGAGGGCUAGCAAUGGAGAGCCACUUGAGAAAAUCACCAAGAGCCGGCCACCUUGUGUCAUUCUUUAGUGUAUUUUUUACAUUUACUCCAUGUUCUCUACUUGCCCACCCUCCCUGAAUCCUUGUCACUUUUGCUUCCAAUUUUUGCUUCCAACUUUUACUUCCAACUUUUGCUUCCAACUUUUCCUUCUGGUAUUAAUUCAAUCAAUAGUUUAAUACCUGAUCAGGAUAGACAUUAAAAUAAUUUUGGUUGUUUACAAACAAGUAAAAUAAGCUAGAACUAGAACUUAAGCCAUAUUUGGGGGGGGGGGUUCAUUUAACAGGGCUUAUUCAAUAAAGUAAUCUUUUUUUCUUGAGGACAGUUUAAUGUAAUUCAUUUUUCUAUUUUUUGAGAUGCUAGCAUGGAUCUUUCAUGUUGUAUUUGUUUUUAAUCCCAUCUGAAUGAACAGGAGUAAAACCUUGUCUUAGAUGUCUUAGAACAUCUAAGAUCUUUUAGCUUCUCUGCCUUUAAAGCCACAACUUCUGGCCAUUUUCCUGCUCCUUUCCAGGGAUUUAGAAUGAGCUGGUGCCACAACCUGACUUCACUAUGAGAUCUGCAGGUUCAGAGUGAAGCUUGAUAAGAAGUCUUCCCAAUAGUCCUGUAUAGGGACAAUUGAUACUACAGCAAAUGUUUUCAAGGACCACAUAUUUUAAAGCAACAUUUUGGGGGUCAUUGUUGCUAAAGGAGUGCUUCAGAAUGAAAAACAUCCUACACACCACACUACAUGAAUGAGAAUUAAUCACAAUUCUUUUGCUCCCCUACUCCACUGAUUUAUCUUAGGUUUAGAGUUUCCCUAAUUUUACGUGAAAUUCAAUCGAGUUAACCAGGACAAUGUUGCUACACGUGAGAGGGGAAUAUUUAGAUACUCAUUUCUUUUCUACACUGCGCUGAACUUUUGCAAAUGAUCAUCCUUCUAAGAUAUCCCCAAACGGCAUGAUUUGUUGACAAAGAAAGUAGUUCUUUGAUGCUUAUGUUCUGAAUUAGUUUUUUCUGAGAACAAGUAUAAAAUCGAAAGUAAUUCAUAGUAGGACAUUUAAAAAUUAUUUUAUGGGUGACUUAUAUUUACAGCUCAAUUGUCUUGUUAAAAACUAGACUUCUUGAACUUUUUACCCCCUCCCAAUAAGUAUUUUUGUAGUUUAAUUAUUUCAACAGUAAGUUAUAAGCCUAACUCUUCCAUUGCAAUCAUGAGACUUUUAAGAGUUUCAUUUGGAUCAGAGUAUGUACCUGUCUAACUUGAAGUGUUUACUUGCAAACAGUCUUUCUUUUGAUUAAAUUGUAGAUCUAUAUCUAUUAUACUAGUAAUACAGAUUUCACGACAUGAACUUAUUGUCAUAGUAUUCUCAUCAGUACGUAUGGCAAAUAUUGAAAUCAGAACAUAAGUUAUCAACCCUGUAACUGCAUGUUUCACAGCUUAUUUCAUAGGAAUGAGCAAUAUAAUUUUCUUUAGUUUUUACUUUACUGUCAUUUUCACUGUACUGUGAUGCCUCUAUUUUGUUUCAAGACUUGAUUCUAAUAAUCCAGUUUUCAUCUUGGAUCUAUCAGUGAGUAAUUCUAAGAAGUAAUUGAAAAUGCUGCUGCUUGUUGGCCCCUUUGCUGGGGCCAGACGGUGAAAGGCACCAAUAAUCUUCCUGCUUCCAGAGUCUUAAUUUAUAUGUUGAAAUUGUUGAUGAGCCUCUAUUUAGUGCAAUU